AUGGCCUUCCCAUACCCAACCAUCACGGUUGAGGAGCACUGGCUCUCCCAAUCUGUCAGGGACUUCUAUGCUGCCAAGGGUGCCCCGGACCCAUAUGGCGAAAGCGGUCUCAUAGGCAAGCUCACCCCGAGUCUUAUGGACUUUCGAGAGAAGCGAUUCCAGUCAAUGAAUGAGAACGGCGUUACUGUACAAGUCGUCAGUCAUGCACCCAAUACUCUCGCUUUGGACCUUGCAACCUGCAUCAAGGUGAACGACGAGCUUUAUGGCCUGAUCCGCGAGAAGCCUGGUCGUUUCGCCGGGUUCGCGACACUUCCGAUGGCCGAUCCAGAAGCCGCAAGUAGUGAGUUACGCCGAUGUGUACAGGACCUAGGCUUCGUCGGAACUCUGAUCGACAGCAACUGUGAAGGGAGAUUCUACGACGACUCAUAUUACUGGCCCGUGUUUCAAGCAGCUGAGGAGCUUGAUGUGCUGGUCUAUCUCCACCCCUCUGCCAACGAGCACACCAAGCCUCUUCUUACGUCUGGGGCUGGCACAACGAGACGGGCGGUACAUUUCCUCCGCUUGUUUGCUGCCGGACUAUUCGACCGUUAUCCCAAACUCCAGCUGAUGUUGGGGCACCUUGGAGAAAUGCUACCUUUCAUGCUGGACCGAGUAGAGAGCAUUUCCUCACGCUUGUGGCCGCAAUUAGGCGUCAAGCUUGAAAGGCAUUUACGUCAGCUCUGGGACGAGAAUGUCUGGGUGACGACCUCUGGCAUGUUCUACCUGGCGCCAAUGGCGAUGGUCUUGAAGCAAUGCAAACAUGAUCGGAUCAUUUAUAGCGUCGACUACCCGUUUGGCAGUAACGAGGCUGGCCUGGCGUUUCUCAAGGAAUUGAAGUCGCAAGAUAUAGUAGCUGAUGAUGUGCUGGAAAGCAUAGCAUACAAGAACGCUGCGGACCUGCUGAAAAUCAAGGUGAGACUGGAAUAG